GAGGUGUGCCCUUAUUAUCAGUUCAAUUUCCUUUGCUUCAGAAAAGAAUCAAUUUUGUCACUUCACACUUUCAAAUCACAGAUUCUUUGCUGCCACAUCACGCUCGCUUCAUUCCCACCACAAUCCUAUGGCUAUGGGAAUGAAGCCUUCUUUCUCCUCUGACGACGUCGUUCUCAAGUCCCCUAACGACCGUCGUUUAUACCGUCUCAUUCACCUCCAGAAUGGUCUUCAAGCGUUGCUCGUUCACGAUCCCGAGAUUUACCCUGAAGGACCUCCAAAACACGUUCAAAACGACGAUGAAGUAGAAGAUGAUGAUGAUGAUGGUGAUGAAGAAGAGGAAGAAGAAGAAGAUGAUGAUGAUGAUGAAGAAGAUGAAUAUGAAGAGGAAGGGGAUGAUGAUGGAGUUCAAAGUGAAGUGGAAGGAAGAGAGCAGGUUAAAGGAGCUGCUGCUCAGAGCAAAAAGGCUGCUGCAGCCAUGUGUGUGGGAAUUGGCAGCUUCUCUGACCCUUAUGAAGCGCAAGGACUAGAACAUUUUUUAGAACACAUGCUCUUCAUGGGGAGUGAAGAAUUUCCGGAUGAAAAUGAGUAUGAUAGCUAUUUGUCCAAGCAUGGUGGCUCAUCAAAUGCGUACACAGAAACUGAAUAUACUUGUUAUCAUUUUGAAGUGAAGCGAGAGUUUCUGAAGGGUUCCUUGAGAAGAUUUUCUCAGUUCUUCAUCUCACCACUUGUAAAAAUGGAGGCAAUGGAGCGAGAAGUACUUGCAGUAGAUUCAGAAUUUAACCAGGUUUUACAAAGUGACGCAUGCCGUCUUCAGCAAAUUCAGUGCCAUACUGCCACACUUAAUCAUCCUUUAAAUAGAUUCUUUUGGGGUAAUAAGAAGAGCUUGGUUGAUGCAAUGGAGAAGGGCAUUAAUUUACGGGAGCAAAUAUUGAAAUUAUGCAAGGAUUAUUACCAUGGAGGAUUGAUGAGGCUUGUUGUUAUUGGUGGAGAGUCUCUGGAUGUGCUUGAGAGUUGGGUUGUGGAACUGUUUGGUGUUGUUGAAAAAGGUCCUCAAGCAAACCCAGUGUUCACAGUGGAAGGUCCUAUCUGGAACGCUGGUAAAGUUUAUCGGCUCGAAGCUGUCAAAGAUGUUCAUAUUCUCGACUUAUCAUGGACACUUCCCUGUUUACACCAAGAGUAUUUAAAGAAACCAGAGGAUUAUUUAGCUCAUCUCCUCGGGCAUGAGGGCAGGGGAAGCUUGCUCUCCUUUCUCAAGGCUAGAGGGUGGGCUACGUCUCUAUCUGCAGGUGUUGGGGAAGAAGGAAUUUAUCGUUCGACUAUAGCUUAUAUCUUCGUCAUGUCCAUACACCUCACUGACUCUGGUGUAGAAAAGAUCUUUGAAAUCAUUGGCUUUGUGUAUCAAUACCUUAAGUUGUUGCGUCAAGAUUCUCCACAAGAAUGGAUAUUUAAGGAACUCCAGAAUAUUGGAAACAUGGAUUUCAGAUUUGCAGAAGAGCAGCCUCAAGAUGAUUAUGCUGCUGAGCUUGCAGAAAAUAUGCACUUCUAUCCACCGGAGCAUGUCAUUUAUGGUGACUAUGUGUACAAGACAUGGGAUGAACAGUUGAUAAAACAAGUUCUUGGUUUCUUCAUUCCUGAAAACAUGAGGGUAGAUGUUGUUUCGAAGUUGUUCCCCAAGUCAGAAGAUUUCCUGUAUGAACCUUGGUUUGGCUCACGUUAUGUUGAAGAAGAUAUUGCUCAAAAUUUGAUGGAGUUAUGGAGAAAUCCUCCAGAAAUCGAUGCUUCACUGCAUCUUCCUUCCAAGAAUGAGUUUAUUCCAAGUGACUUUUCUAUACGUGCUGGUGACACAUGUGUUGAUGAUUUUGCAAAUUCAACUUCUCCUAGAUGUAUAGUUGAUGAAGCAUUGAUAAAAUUCUGGUACAAGCCAGAUAGCACUUUCAAAGUUCCUCGUGCCAAUACAUAUUUUCGAAUUAACUUGAAGGGGGGAUAUGAUAACGUGAAGAGUUGUGUAUUGUCUGAAUUGUUCAUUCACCUUCUUAAAGAUGAGUUGAAUGAAAUCACAUAUCAGGCUAGUAUUGCCAAGUUGGAAACUUCUGUCUCUUAUUUUGGUGACAUGCUUGAGCUGAAGGUCUAUGGCUUCAAUGAGAAGCUUCCUGUUCUCUUAUCUAAAUUCUUUUCAGUAUCUAGAUCUUUCAUGCCAACUGAAGAUCGGUUUAAGGUAAUAAAAGAAGACAUGAAAAGAACUUUAAAGAAUACCAACAUGAAGCCUCUAAGCCAUUCAACAUAUUUGAGAUUGCAAGUUUUGUGUAAGAGCUUCUAUGACGUUGAUGAGAAGCUGCAUUAUCUAAAUGAUUUGUUUCUUGAAGAUCUGAAGGCAUUUAUUCCUGAGCUUCUCUCUCAGCUAUACGUUGAAGGUCUAUGCCAUGGAAAUCUGUCAGAAGAAGAAGCAAUUAGCAUAUCAAAUAUAUUUAAGAUGAAUUUUCCAGUAAAUCCACUUCCUAUUGAGUUGAGGCAUGCUGAGCGUGUUAUUUGCCUCCCUUCCAGUUCCAAUUUAGUUAGAGAUGUUGGUGUGAAGAAUAAGCUGGAAAAAAAUUCUGUAGUUGAGCUUUAUUUUCAAAUUGAGCAAGAUUGUGGUAUGGAGUCAAUUAAAUUGAAAGCUUUGAUUGAUCUCUUUGAUGAAAUUGUGGAGGAGCCACUUUUUAAUCAGCUGAGGACAAAAGAGCAGCUUGGUUAUGUUGUUGAAUGCAGCCCACGAGUAACAUACCGUGUCUUUGGGUUUUGCUUUUGCGUUCAGUCAUCUGAGUAUGACCCAGUUUAUUUGCAAGGUAGAAUUGACAACUUCAUAAGUGGCCUGGAAGAAUUGUUGGAAGAGCUUGAUGAUGAUACGUUUGAGAAUUAUAAAAGUGGGUUAAUGGCAAAGCUGCUGGAGAAAGAUCCAUCACUCACUUAUGAAGGCAAUAGAAUAUGGAGCCAGAUUGUUGAAAAAAGGUAUAUCUUUGAUUUGUCAAAGAAGGAAGCAGAAGAAUUGGGGAACAUAAGCAAGCAUGAUGUUGUUGACUGGUACAAGACUUAUCUUAAACAGUCAUCUCCCAAGUGCCGGCGGCUACUAGUUCGGUUAUGGGGUUGCAACACAGAUUUGAAAGAGGACAAAUCGCUACCGGAAUCUGUGCAGGUCAUCACAGAUCCAGCAGCUUUUAAGAUGCAAUCCAAGUUUUGCCCAAGUUUUUAACUUUGAUGAUGUGGUAUGUUGAAGUGUUGAAGUGUUGAAGUAAAGGCUUCUAGAACCAGAGAGAGCCAUCAUUUAUCAAUUAAUGGUUUUUACUGCAGGGGAAAUACUGAAAAUGUGUUACCUGCAAUCACAGAUAUUUUUUAAAUGUAAAUUACAUUUAUUUGAGUCAUUCAUUUGAUUAAUGAGCUAUUAUAGUCCAUUUGACUAAAAAGGUUGUACAUUGUAUAUUUGAUCACUUGCGGAGUGGUGUAUGCGUGUUUUUAUAUUUAGUUUGAUGUUACUUUUGAAUAUUGUGAACAUUGUAAACACGAUGAGUCAAACUAUGUUUGGCUGCCACUUUUCAGAUUUCAACAAGAAAUGGAGAGAAGAUAAUGAGAUAAAAAUUAAAUGUAAUGCUAGGAAGAGAACCAAUAUGCU